GACAAAGAAGAAGCGGAAGAAGAAGCAGAAGAAGAAGAGAGCGCGAGCUCGCGAGACAAGGGUUCGCGAGCCUGCCAGCCGUCUUAUCGAGCGUCACCGAGAACGCUUACGUCGACUCCCGCAGCCAUAGCCACCUCGUUCCUGCACCUGCCUUCUGCUUCGCCGUGUCGUCCGCCAUGGCCGCCAGGGCUGCAUGGGCUCUAGAGAUGCGGAAGCGCGCUAACAAGUCACCGGCCGCGUCCAGCAGGUCAUCGAAACGAAAGCGAGGAAAGUCACGAACGAAGAAAAAGGAACUCCAGGAAAAGGAACUCCAGGAAAAGGAACUCCAGGAAAAGGAACUCCAGGAAAAGGAACUCCAGAAAAAGGAACUCCAGAAAAAGGAACUCCAGGAAAAGCCACUCCAGGAAAAGGAACUCCAGGAAAAGGAACUCCAGGAAAAGGAGGACCAACCGACCAUGAAGGAUGCCGCGUCGGCGAAGCCUCCCGAAACCGCUGCAACGCCAAAAAUGAUAGCAGCGGAAAGCACCAAGAACUGGGGCGAGCUGUUCCCGGAUCCGGAACCACAACGGGAAAGCACCAAGAACUGGGGCGAGCUGUUCCCGGAUCCGGAAGCACAACGGACUAGCCACAUGACGACCCGUCACCAACAUUCAAAUGCCAAGAAGAUGGUCAUUUUUGCAAUAGUGCUGUUCCUCACCAGUGGAGCCCUGCUGAUGAUCAUGAUAUGGUCCAAGCCACGUGCCACCAUAGUGUUCUGCAACACUUCCGAUUGCCUUAGGCAUACCACUGAGCUCAAGGAGGCCAUGGACACUAGCGUCGACCCCUGCAACGACUUCUACAAGUUCACGUGUGGCUCCUGGAAGCCGAAAAGGGGAGAGCGCUCCAUGGUCGCGCAAGUCUUCGCCGACUCGACCCAAAUCGCCAUUGAAGAGAUGGAAGGCCCGAGCGAAAAUGCCGUGGUGCCAAAGGUGAUGCACUAUUACAAGAACUGCAUCCAGCUACGCGAUUUCACGCCGACCGAUGUAGCACUCUACAUGAACUUCAAGCAGGGCCUAGGUUUCUUGUGGCCGGAGAAAAAACAAUCGGCAAUCGACGCGCUGCUCCCGUUGCUGAACCUUACUAUCACCUGGAAUAUGAAGUUGCUCUUUCAUCUGGAGGCCUUGCCUGCAUACAAGCGGAGACCGCAGACGCUGUACAUUACGCGUAGCCGAUUGAGCGCCACAUGGUUGGAUCCCACGUGGACGCCAGUUACGUUUGCCGAAGUCGUGAGACGCCACUGCGGUGAACUCGGUGUCGCGCCGCCGUCCGACUCGAGCAUCCAGGAACUGAAGAGCACGGUGGAAAAGAUCAUAAACACCACGCUCAAACUUCCGCCGGACGCCACGACUGACACGCAGAUUAUGAUGAAGGAGAUUGAGCAACUGAUGCCCAAUCGGGGGCACGACUGGCUCAGCAGCCUGAACAAACUGUACAGCCCCCAGUUCACGUGGACGCAGGACAGCCCCGUCGCUCUGGAACACGAAGCAAUACUGCAGAACGUGUACGCCCUGCUUGAGAACUACAAAGAAAAGAAGCAGACGCUCAUGGAAGGAUUAUCAUUCGUUUUCCUCCGAACGUCCCUGUGGUUCUUCGCAGGGAAACCAGAGCUGCGUUUCACGUCCGACCCCAAAGUGGGCCGGCGCAUAUGGAAGCUGACCUGCGUCAUGUACACUGCCGAGAACUUCGGUUUGCUGAUUGCGGCCAGCCACAUUUAUACGCGCUACAGCAGCAGUGUGCGCGGCCAACUCGCGCGUUUCCAGCGGGGCAUUCAGACGACGAUCAAGCAGCAGCUGGAAGACGCCGAGUGGAUCGACGCCACCAUCAAGAGUAAGGCGACCGUCAAAAUCGACGCAAUGACUCUGGACACGAUGCCAGAGGAGAACUUCUUCUCUGACGUUGAUCUCGCUCGGUUAUACCGACACUUUCCAAGUGUCGCCGCCUCGUUCAUUGAAAACUACAUCAAAGUCGCGGAAGCCUACCGGCUCCUCAUCGGCCAUGACAACUUCAUCAGCGUCUACUCCAAGAGGCUCGGGGACGGCUCGCCAAGUCGAUACGACUACUACUACAACAUCGGCUACAUAUAUCUGGGUGCCAUGGAGCCCCCCAUACUCUACCUGAGUGGCACGACAGCCAUGAUGUACGGCAGCUUCGGCACGCUCAUCGCCGAGUGCAUGGUACGCUCGUUCGACAAGCGCGGCGUCCUCAUCACGGGCGAAGGCAAGAGAAAGCUUUGGUGGGACUCCCCGGCUUAUACGCAACGAGUCGGCUGCGACAUCUUAUCUGACCGCAAGUCUGGAGGCAGUGGCACAACCUCUGAUGCAAACACGCUGCCAGCCGGCAGCCGCGACCCACGGGAGUUUCGGUUCGCGGCCUUGUUCCCCCUGGCACCGGCAUUGACCACAUCGUUCAUUGCGCACCGCCGGGCCCGCAUCAAAGACGGCAGGCACGUCCAACACCGCCUGCAAGGGCUCGACGACUACACCGAUGACCAGGUCUUCUUCCUGACCUACUGCCUCAUGACUUGUGCCACAAACAGCACCGGUGAGACCUGCAAUGUGCCCCUACGACAGAUGCAGAGAUUCGCUAGCGCGUUCCGGUGCAGGCGCGGUUCACCUAUGAACCCAAAGAAGAAGUGCACUUUUUUCUCGUAACUGUGAAAGCGCGUUUUCUUUUUUUAUAGUAUUAAUUUCCUUGGUUCACUGCAUUGCUUUUUUUCUAGAAUGUCGAUUUUGUGAUAGAAACUAAUGAUGCAGCUUAGGCGAUGUGCUGUUAACAAUUUCAGUUUUAUCCUCCCAAGAAGAAAAUUUGGCGGCCCACAGCAAUGUCGGUAAUUAGUAAUGAACAAUCGAGUGCCUCGAAUGGCGCAAGGUGUACCCUCACGUACAUUUCGAAAUUCUAUUUGCCUUCAAAAUUUCCAGGACACUGUACUUUCAAAAGUCCCAGGUUUCUUUUCUGGCCGCCACAUUAUGUGUCGUACUUGAGUUAUAGCUUUUGAUGGAGUAUGGAGCCAGCUAUUCAAGCGUUAUUACCUUACGUGACCAGCUGCUUGGCAGACCUGGCAAAGCUAGGUUUGCAGAAGCAGAGGGCUGUGUGCAGCUGUGUACGUGCGCAUGUGCAGACGGCGUCAGAAACUUUGUCCGUCUCCAUGCCUCGCAUACUAUCUUAAGGACAUGCGUAAUUAAGAUAUCGCGUGAACAAACUGCGAGGAUGAUGGCACUCGCAGUGGACUUUUGCAUGUUUCGCCUUUGUAUAUUAUCUUGAUUUCGAGGAUAAACGCGCUGCACACUUUCUCCUCGAUAAAGAAUCUAAAUGGCGGAGCAGCA